AUUUCUUUUCAUAACCCUCUUACCAGCUUCAAUCUUCUAUAUAAAUACCCCUCAACGCCCUACAUUCUUUUCCAUCCAAUGCUUUCAUAUCUAUAUUAUUACCACCUUUUUUUCUAAGCUUUACCUUGAUAUUUUUUCAAAAUAUGAAAUCGCUCAAGCUUUUCCUUAUGUUGACUAUGGUAAUGGCCUUUGCCAUUACUCUCUCCGCCAGUACAACAUCAGGAGAAGAACCAUUCCGCAACAAUGAUGAGAAUCCAAGUGAAGCUUCUGAUCUUCCUAUGGCGGAUACGCAGGAGCCAAGCUCCUUCCGAGGAGCAGGCCGAUUUCUUGCCCAGAGUUCUCGUGCUGCAAAGACAUGUGACAAAAACCCUAAGAUUUGUCGCAUUAAUGGCAGCCCAGGGCCAUUUUGCUGCAACAAAAAAUGUGUAGACAUCGAGACGGACAAAUUCAACUGCGGAAAGUGUGGCAAGAAGUGUAACUAUUCCAAGAUUUGCUGUGAAGGGAAGUGUGUGAACCCAUUGUCCAACCAGAGGCACUGUGGAGGAUGCAACAAUAACUGUGGUAAAGGAAAUGCUUGUCUAUAUGGGAUGUGCAGUUAUGCAUAAAAGUUGGCUGAAGAGACUUCAAGCCAUCUGGAUAAUUAUCUAAGUAUUGAAGCCGAAAUCGAUGAAGUUAAUUUCCUUCUAU